AUGUCGCUUUUCACUGACACAGAAGCGGCGGAAAUCAGCCUUCGUGUGGCUUUCUCGUUUCUUGUGCUAAUCAGCCUCGUCAGUAACUCUCUGGUCUGUCUUGUUGUCCUGAGAAACCGGCUAAUGAGAAGCGCCAUGAAUUAUUUGUUGGUGAAUCUCGCCUGCGCGGAUAUGGUGGUAGCUAUAUUUUUGAUCCCUCGGUAUAUCCUAAUUCAAACGUACCAACACCCGACGGGGCACACCGGGGACUACCUCUGCAAGUUCCUAACCGGAGGGAACCUGUUAUGGACCGGGGCCGUGGUCUCGGUGGUAUCACUGAUUGCUGUUGCAGUUGAAAGAUAUUUUGCGGUGUUGUACCCACACGACGAGAAAAAACGUAUCACAAAGGCCAAACUCAAAUUCAUCAUACCUACCUGUUGGCUGUUUUCAAUCCUCUGGAAUCUUCCAGUAUAUGUGAUAAAAAAAUACAACGAGGAUUUAGAUUUUUGCCUCGAGGAUUGGCCCUCUGGUUGGUAUUUGAAUGCUUAUAGCCUUGGAUGGCUCAUUGUAGUCGGAAUUUUACCGUUGUCUGUUAUGACGCUUCUUUACAGCCGAGUGGUUUUUAAACUCUGGGUCACAAGUUCGCAACCGGUAGAACAAUCACAGCGCGCCGUCAUCAAGUCACGCAAACGUGUCACGAAAAUGGUCUUGACCGUGACAGUUGUUUGCGCAGUAUGUUGGCUUCCCUGUCUCAUUGCCUAUGUUCUUGAUUUCUAUGGGUUAAACUCUGCAGGCGACAUAGUUCACACGACAACCGUUCUCCUAGUAACUUUAAACUCAGCUGUUAAUCCGAUCAUCUACUGUUUUCAGAGCAGACAAUUUAGGAGAUGUAUCAAGGUACUUUUGCUUUCUCCCUGUUUGAUGCGGCGAACUGCAACUGUAGGACCCGCCUAGAAUUUCGGAUACACUGGAAGAAACCGUGAGGCUCCUGAAGAAUCGAAGAUGGUUUUUUCACCUGAAAAAUCUAAAGGGAAAGAGUAAAACUUAGUUCAUGAACUAAGAGAAGUCGUCCUGAAACAAGCAUCCUCCCAGUGACAUAUUUCACAGAUUAAAUUUAAUUCGAAGUAAUACUGCGCAGCUAUUUUAAGAACGGUGUCUCAUUCACCAUACGUAAUAAGUUACAAUAGGCUUUGAUUUUUUACCAAAAAAAUUAUAGAAAAGACACGAUCAUGUUACGAAAAACAGUUUUUAUAGGCCGCGAGAGGACUUGAACUCGACUUUACAGCGCUGAGUCGGGUAAAAUGAUUGGAAUAAACUAAGAUAUAAGAGACUAAUUUGAGUUUCAACGGGCUAAGGACAAUGUUUAAAGGCCAGACAGUCGGAAACACGAUUUUCUUAAGUUAUUCCUUAAUCUCUUGUUCCACAAUUGUUUUAAAAAAAGUCAACCAAGAAAAAAUUAGAUGCCUGUCGGCAGGGAGACUGAGGCGAAAAGUAAUAGCUUUUGUAACGAAGUAAGAUUAGUUCAUGAAAAGAUAUUGAAAAAUGAAUGACUCAUUCACCGGUUUAUACAGAGAACUCCUUCCUAUGAACUCAUGAGCCCUUUGUAUUUAAAGUCGUAUAGCCCCGCUUUUCCAUUUUAGAGAAUCAAUCCACAUCCGGGCCUUAAGACAAUUUCUUAUAAAUCCCACUCCCCUUCACCGAUGCGCCAUUUCAUUAUGAAACAGGAAAAUCAAGGCUUCAAUAUUGAACUCUAAGGAAUAUUUAUAUAAAGUGAUUGUAAUGUAGUUACAAUUUGCGUUCAUUUAGAUUUUUGUUAAUACUUCGGUUGAAAAUAAUAUCUUCAAAAUUUAGCCCUUAUCAACAGAUGUAACUGAAAUAUACGAAUCAAUGAGUUAAUUUUAUUUGGAAAGUUAAAGAAAUAACUGAUAUUUAAACCAGAUUUAACUCAACAAACAUUAUGUACAUUUAAGAUAUAAGACAAGAAGGUUGACAAUUAAGUUCUCAUAUAUAUGCUUGUCUAAAUUUGCUGAGGCAGAUGAGCGCACAUUAAUAAAUAGAUUAGAGAACGGUAUUGCAUUGCUUUCCGAUUAUGAACAAGUUAAUACCAUGAUGGUGCUUAUGUCAAAGAUUAGAGCUUCGAGUGAUCGUUACAAAUAAUAUACAAGUCGUGCACAGUUUUCAAUCAGGUUUGAGCAGGAAUAGACAACGAGCAGUCUCUCCUUUUCCCGAAGUCCAACGCGCAAGUAAAGGGAAAUGAUCAGUGGAAAAAAUAAUUGAUGUCUGCGUACCUCACUUCUAGAGUUCCGUGGCGCACUAAAAUCAUUUUCUUUUCACAGAUUUUUUUCCUCGCGCGACGGACUUCGCCAAAAAGAUCGGACUGCUUGUAGUCUACAAAAUGAAUCUUAACGUCUACUUCUUUAGAACUGCACUUCUUCUGUAAAAAGUCUUUUUACUUCUGCUAUUGUUUCCGAUAUAAAUUGAUCCUGCAAAUAGCCAGCUAUUUUCUUUCCAGGAUUUUAAAAAGGCUUGUGUGUUUCUGUCACCUUGAAUUAUAGCCCCUGUGAAUGCAUAUUUUUCUCUAUGACGAGAUCACUCAGCUGUUAGAUUCUUGUUUCUUCUUUUUCUCUUUUUGGUGACAUCAGUGACGUGAGACGAGUGUAAGAGACACGUGACUCCCCAGUGGCAUAAAUCAUUAAUGUGACAUAACUUAAACGAUCUGGUCUGGGUACCCGUGAGUUAGAGCAGUUUUUCUGCACUUGUAUUUGACCGAUCACAGAGUAUGAAUGUCUUGUCUCCCUACGUACCUUUCCAACGAGAAUGAAGGAGAACAAAAGCGAGCAAUACGCAUCAUCUUUCCCUUUUGCUCAUAGAAUGAGGCAUUGUCUGAAUCAGGCCUAAAUAAAUUUCAGAUCGCCGUCAGGAACUAUUUUAUAAAUUAUUCAAUAACUUCUUCAGUGUGAGCUCCAUGACCUUCCUGUUCGUAGCACAAGUACUUUGAACUUUAGAAACAAACAGAAGUUUAAGCCCGUGUUCAAGACAGAAAUCUUUCUUAACAGUUUUAUCACUUUUAAUGCCCUUAAAGCCUAAAUUAUUUUGUCAGAAUUUUAUAUUUAAUCGAAAUAUUUUAUUUAUAACCGUAACAGAUGUACAAACAUAUUUCCAUAAAAACUUGCUUUAUACCACUGAUACUUCUUUUUAAUGCUACUAUUGAUAUCGUCUUUUUUAAUAAGCGUGAAAUUCAACUUUUUAGUUUCUGAGCGAUAGUGAAUAAACUAUGUAUCUUUCAUCCUAUGUUGGCGCCUGCGCGACACGUGACACGUGACCGUAAUACAGGGCGCGUGUUAAAAACGUGACGUAAUUACGACGGUACUGUUUAUUCAUCACUCCAUAAACGACUGGGUUUAGACAGCUAUGGAGCCUUGAAAAUAUAUCUGCAACAAACCAGAGCUCUUCAUAGGAAACAUUUCUGAAAUCCAACAGCAUCCACGCGACUUGAUUUGGCAGCAACAAUACCGAGAACAAGAAAACAAUUACUGCUACGGUUUUCAGUAUUACCAUACUCUCUCUUGUAUUUUUUACUCCCGGGAUCCGUCUGUUAGUGAAUAAAUUGCUGUUUCUCGGAAACAUCGGUCGAUUUCUCAUAAAAAGCCAUAUUCGUAUGUAGCAAAUUGCUAUUAUCAGCAGCGGUAAAAUAUACUGUGCUGUGAGGAGUGAGACGGUGUAUGCCUGGCGAUGAGCAAGGGAAGGCCAAUCUUCUUUACAUUUGCCAUCUUUUGUUAUUUUACCAACAACAAUGAGUGGAAUAACAAAAAUAAAAGCUGCCAGCCACACGAAGGACACCCAUAUUACUGCACCUCUUCGUUUUAGCUUUGGCCUCCAAGGAUUUGUUACAACAUGGCACCGAUAGAUCGCCAUGACUGUGAUGGUGAAAAGUCCUGCAUUGUAUCCGGUUGUAACAACAGUCAGAUGUACUCUGCAGCUGUAUGUUUCAGACGUAAGGCUGAAGUGUUGUAAAAUAGAAACAGGCGAGUCCGAACACAGCAAAACCAAAUCUGCAAUAGCCAAACCUACGAGUAUACCAUUACUACAAUGUGUUCUACGCCCACAAAAUAAGUUGCAAAACAAGUCAGUUAAUGAUACUAUCUGUGAAUAAGGAAGUGUAGAUAUGAUAACUGGUAGAUGUAGAUUACAGAACGCAAGGAUAUUUCUAUUAUCUCAGCUAUUAACCAGACCCACAAUGUUUGAACAGCGUUAUACAGGCUUUUAACACAUGGUGAGUCCAAAGUUUUUUUCCGCCUUUUCAGUUCGUUGCUAGUUUGGGUAAAAUCUUCACAAUGGUUGCCGCAGGGAAGUCGGCCAAAAAUGUUGCGCGUGAAUCAUAUUCACAUAAAACGAAUAUUUGCGAAAAAACUUCAAAUUAAUUACUAGUCUCUUUAUCUUGGGUAAAUUAAUUUGGUUAAACCGGCUUACGCGAAAAAAUACAUGUAUUGCUUUUCCCACUUACAAAAGCUGUCGUUUUACUACGUAUCCUCCAGCGAGAAGAAGAUUGUUAUUAUAAAUACGUACACAGACUGCCCAUUUAUAAAACAUCCCUUAAUUAGGUUGCCGAUGCAUAUCAGUUUCGAACUUAAAUGGUUGUUGCGUCUGCCUGUCGCAGCAGCUGCUGAUGUACAGACAAUUGAAAGUCCUAUUAAUUUGUAAUAUGGAAAGUGUUCAUCUUGGUUACUAGUCAAAAGUUUGCGUCAAAUCCCUUUUUAGUGUUUUAACCAUUAGAUUUGUUAUACAAAUAAGUGACUUUUGCCUGCUCUAUUUAGCCGGUGGUAAUAGAUGAUGCUUGCCGAGUAUUAAUUUCAUUCAAGAAAAUGACGGUGUCUAAGUGUUGGCACACAAUUGAAUUAUUUACCAUGUGAAAAGUUUUAGGUUCACGAUAAAAGUUACUGCAGAAACGACGGGAAGUUUCAUGGUGCAUAUGAAGAUUUUAAAUACUGAGGUGAAAAUGCUGCCAUAUUGAGUCGCCCGUGAUAUAUCAAAUUUCUUAGAAUUUUCAGACACACUUAAGACUGAGCUUCAUUUUCUUCUAUUGUUAACUACCGAAAGCUUUUUUUUUUAAUUUUUUCUACCCCUUAAAAACUAUAGAAGCUGGAAAAAAGCAGCUACACCCAGCUUUAGUCCAUUGCUGGACCAAUUAAAAGAGCCUGUAUUUAACAUGACGUUCUAAUAGCCACUGCAUUUAAUCAAUAUUUGAGCACGCUAUUGUGAAGAAGUGACAGCUUGUUCACAUCUGUAAGCAUAGUAAUCAAUUGUAUUGACGCCCCCUUUAAUUUUCUCAAGCGAACAUUAUCUUCACCAUUUGCGUUUCUAAGUUUCGCUUUGCAAUCAGCUCUGUUGAACAGUUCCCUGUUACACCAGAACAUUUUAUAUUUUACACAUUCUACAAAAGGUAAGCAGAUCAAGAAUGAGUGAUCAAAAUUUAAAGUAUUUUCUUGCUACAGAAUUUGUACUAGAAAAUUUGUACUAGAAAAGCAAGCUGGUGUAUUUGUAUAAUAAAACUUGCGUGAUGCUUAAAGGAGCUUGACGUUAAUAAGAUCCACAUUCAGAGAAGCCUUGUAGUUAACAGCUUCAGCAUACUACUUUUCAAAAAUGUAAAAAUAUCUAUUGGUGUCUAAAACAACACAGCGGCCAAAACUAAGGCAUGUGCAAAUGAGGUCAAUUUUUGGCGCCAGCCGCGCUUUACUUUCCGGAGAAAAAGCUCAAUGUAAAUUGACCACCGUGAAAAUUUUCUAAAGGUGGCUUUUCUUUUUCGUCAGAGCUAAGACACAUGUUACAGCAGUCUGAUUCAAACGCUUCUCUUCUUUGCGGGAACUGGUCGGACUCAACUUAACAUUUCGUGUUUCAGGACUGUUUGACGAUGUGGAGAGCAUCUCUAACUCGAAUAUAAAUUACACAAAAGAGUAUUGUUUAAAAAAUACUAAAUGCUGAAGUAAAAAAGCGGCACAGUGAUUACUUCACUGAACAUGAGAAAACCUAUUCUCGAGCAAAGGAGCUCUAAGGUUCGUGUAAACAGUAAUAAAUCAUCAAUUUUUUUAACUGGUUUAUGUGUUGAAAUUUUUUUUGUCAACUCAGACAGCGGAUGGUGCAGAACCUUAGUUUACACGUAACUUUCCACAUGCUAAUCUUCUUGGUUUUGUUAAGGUGAUGCCUUUGGAAACACGUUAGAGCAGAAAAAUGUUUGUUAACAAGAGAGCCUUAUCCUCUCUUGAUGUUAAUUAUCCCAUGAAUCGACCAAAUAAAACAGAACUUCAUAGAACCCAUGAUUUACUUAGCGUAGAAUGUUUAUUCUGAACACUAAGGCAAAAACAUUAUUAACCAUUCGUUUCCUUGUUAUUUUUAGAUCUGAUUUGCUUAGCAAAGUAUUGGUUUCAAAAACACCAUGUCGCUUUUCACUGACACAGAAGCGGCGGAAAUCAGCCUUCGUGUGGCUUUCUCGUUUCUUGUGCUAAUCAGCCUCGUCAGUAACUCUCUGGUCUGUCUUGUUGUCCUGAGAAACCGGCUAAUGAGAAGCGCCAUGAAUUAUUUGUUGGUGAAUCUCGCCUGCGCGGAUAUGGUGGUAGCUAUAUUUUUGAUCCCUCGGUAUAUCCUAAUUCACACGUACCAACACCCGACGGGGCACACCGGGGACUACCUCUGCAAGUUCCUAACCGGAGGGAGCCUGUUAUGGACCGGGGCCGUGGUCUCGGUGGUAUCACUGAUUGCUGUUGCAGUUGAAAGAUAUUUUGCGGUGUUGUACCCACACGACGAGAAAAAACGCAUCACAAAGGCCAAACUCAAAUUCAUCAUACCUGCCUGUUGGCUGUUUUCAAUCCUCUGGAAUCUUCCACUAUAUGUGUUGGUGAAAUACAACGAGGAUUUAGAUUUUUGCCUCGAGGAUUGGCCCUCUGGUUGGUAUUUGAAUGCUUAUAGCCUUGGAUGGCUCAUUGUAGUCGGAAUUUUACCGUUGUCUGUUAUGACGCUUCUUUACAGCCGAGUGGUUUUUAAACUCUGGGUCACAAGUUCGCAACCGGUAGAACAAUCACAGCGCGCUGUCAUCAAGUCACGCAAACGUGUCACGAAAAUGGUCUUGACCGUGACAGUUGUUUGCGCAGUAUGUUGGCUUCCCUGUCUCAUUGCCUAUGUUCUUGAUUUCUAUGGGUUAAACUCUCAAGGCGACAUAGUUAGCACGACAACCGUUGUCCUAGUAACUUUAAACUCAGCUGUUAAUCCGAUCAUCUACUGUUUUCAGAGCAGACAGUUUAGGAGAUGUGUCAAGGUACUUUUGCUUUCUCCAUGUUCGAUGCGGCGAACUGCAACUGUAGGACCCGCCUAG